AGAGAGAGAAGCUAACAUAUGAUCCAAAAUCUGAUCCAUUCCCCCUCCAAAAUAAUCAACACCAUAAACAAUUUCUACCCUCAUUAUCCCUUUUAUUCCUAUAUCUCUCCCACUGUUUUUUUUUUCCACCAUUGCUCAACACCAUGGCUUAUGCUGCUCUUUCCUCUCUGCAGGUGGGCUGCAGCAAAGGAUUCUCAGAGUUUAGCGGGCUUCGCAGCUCGUCUUCUGCUCUUCCAUUCGGCAAGAGAGCCAACAGCAAUGCAGACUUCGUUUCUUUUGUUUCUUUCCAAACCUCUCUUGUUGGGGGAGAGAAGAACCAGAAGGUAGUGGUGGAGGCGAAGCUCAAAGUGGCGAUCAACGGAUUCGGGAGAAUCGGGAGGAACUUCUUGAGGUGCUGGCACGGUAGGAAGGACUCCCCACUCGACGUGAUCGCCAUCAACGACACCGGCGGCGUCAAGCAAGCGGCCCACCUCCUUAAAUACGACUCCACCCUCGGCAUCUUCGACGCCGUCGUCAAACCCGUCGGCACCGACGCCAUCUCCGUCGACGGCAAGAUCAUCCAAGUCGUCUCCGACCGCAACCCCUCCAACCUCCCUUGGGGGGAUAUGGGGAUUGAUCUUGUGAUCGAGGGUACCGGAGUGUUUGUGGAUAGAGACGGAGCCGGGAAGCAUAUUCAAGCCGGGGCGAAGAAGGUGCUCAUCACCGCUCCCGGCAAGGGCGACAUCCCCACGUACGUCGUCGGUGUCAACGCCGAUGCUUACACACACGCCGACGACAUCAUUAGCAACGCCUCCUGCACCACCAACUGUCUUGCCCCUUUCGUCAAAGUCCUCGACCAAAAAUUCGGGAUCAUUAAGGGAACCAUGACUACCACGCACUCGUACACCGGAGACCAGAGGCUCCUGGACGCCAGCCACCGCGACCUGAGGCGUGCUCGGGCGGCGGCACUCAACAUCGUGCCCACAUCGACCGGCGCGGCCAAGGCGGUAGCGCUCGUCCUCCCCCAGCUCAAGGGUAAGCUCAACGGUAUCGCUCUGCGUGUGCCCACGCCCAACGUCUCGGUGGUCGACCUCGUCGUCCAGGUCGAGAAGAAGACGUUCGCCGAGGAGGUGAACGCCGCCUUCAGGGAGGCGGCAGACAACGAGCUCAGCGGGAUCUUGGCCGUGUGCGACGAGCCCCUCGUGUCAGUGGACUUCAGGUGCAGCGACGUCUCGUCGACCGUCGACUCGUCGUUGACCAUGGUCAUGGGCGACGACAUGGUGAAGGUCAUCGCUUGGUACGACAACGAGUGGGGUUACUCACAGAGGGUUGUUGAUCUUGCUGACAUUGUUGCUAACAACUGGAAGUGAUGAGACCCAACUCCCUUUUUUUCUCCUCUCUCUCUCUCUUUCUCUAUAUAUGUUGCUUACUAUAUUGUGUUUGUAGAUUCUUCUUUCCUUUGGGAAUUAUUGCAAUGAGAAAGCAAACAUUUUUUUCCAAGAUUUGUUUUAUUAAAUAAUCAAGAGGGUUGUU